AUGCAAACUGAAGGAUUCAAGUUUUAUCAAAUUAUUUUAGCACAUCAGCAAGAGGAGACUUACAUUUCGAGCCCGGACAUCGAGUUCGUAGCCGCGACAAUUCAAGCGAUUGGCCGAGUGGCUAGUGCUGUGCCCCAUGUUGCUGAGGCUUGUCUUUCUGGCCUCCUGACCCUUAUGUCGCGACGCAAUGGUAGGGCAUAG